AUGAGGGAUGAGGGACGGGUGACCCUCGUGUCGCGGGUACGUUCGAGCUCUAGGUAUCGGCAACUCCCUCCGCGGAGCUCCGCUGUAGGUGUUUGGCCAGAACCAGGCAGGAACCUCAAACUGAAAUGCCUUCUGGGGCUAAGCAGAAUUCGGCUCCCCUCCCACCCGCGCGGAGUCCCGGACCUGGAGAGCAGGCAGGGUCUGGGCGCUGCCCUGCCUCUGCCCGCGCGGAGCGUCGCUCGGGCGCUACAGAACGCGCAGAGCCCUUUCCGCAGCCGGGAGAUCCUCGCCCGCCGGCGCCCGCGGAGGCCCCGGUACCGCGGCCGGAGUCGGGGCACCCUCGCCCUGCGCGUGCCAGCGUCCUGCGCUGCGGCGCGCGUUCCGCUCGCGCUGUAUUUGCAGGGCAGGCGCGGGAGGAAGAACCCGCGCCCGAGUUGUGGGUGCUGCGCCCGGCGCGAGGUGCGGGAUGGAGAGCAAGGCGCUGCUGGCCAUCGCUCUGUGGCUCUGCAUGGAGACCCGGGCCGCCGCCGUGGCCGAGUUCCUUGUCCACGACUCUGGUCUCGGCAGGGGCCUCAGCCGGAAGGUGUCUUGCGGAGCCGACGAAGCCUGGGGCUCUUGGGAUCCGGGGGUGGGAAGGCGCCUUGGGCUGGCAGGCAGGAGGUGCCCCGCAGGCUAGAACAGGCGGUGAAACGUUGUCUGGCUGCGCGCGACAUCCCCGCCCGGGCGCCGGGAAGGAAGCCUUGCAGGGAGCUCACGCCCCGUCGCCCGGUUCGCACCGUGCGCUCCGUCCUGCCUCUGUGGGAGUCGAGCCAGGACCCCGGCCUGCUGUUCGCUUUUGGCUCGAACACACACGCACGCUCCCUGUGUUUGCCUAGUGUUUCUCUUGAUCCACCCAGGCUCAGCAUACAAAAAGACAUACUUACAAUUAUGGCUAAUACAUCUCUCCAAAUUACUUGCAGGGGACAGCAGGAUUUGGACUGGCUUUGGCCCAACAAUCAGAGUGGGUCUGAGGAAAGGGUGGAGGUGACUGAGUGCAGUGAUGGCUUCUUCUGUAAGACACUCACAAUUUCAAGAGUGAUCGGAAAUGAUACUGGAGCCUACAAGUGCUCCUACCAGGACACUGAUGUGGCCUCGGUUGUUUAUGUCUACGUUCAAGAUUACAGAUCUCCAUUUAUUGCCUCUGUUAGCGACCAACAUGGGGUUGUGUAUAUUACUGAGAACAAAAACAAGACUGUGGUGAUUCCGUGUCUUGGGUCCAUUUCAAACCUCAAUGUGUCACUUUGUGCAAGGUAUCCAGAAAAGAGAUUUGUUCCUGAUGGCAACAGAAUUUCCUGGGACAGCAAGAAAGGCUUUACUAUUCCCAGCUACAUGAUCAGCUAUGCCGGCAUGGUCUUCUGUGAAGCAAAAAUCAAUGAUGAAAGUUACCAGUCUAUUAUGUACAUAGUUGUGGUCGUAGGCUACAAGAUUUAUGAUGUGGUUCUGAGCCCCCCACACGGAGUUGAGCUAUCUGUUGGAGAGAAGCUUGUCUUAAAUUGUACAGCAAGAACUGAGCUAAACGUGGGGAUUGACUUCAACUGGGAACACCCUUCUUCAAAGCAUCAGCAUAAGAAAGUUGUAAACCGGGACUUAAAAUCCCAGUCUGGGAGUGAGAUGAAGAAAUUUUUGAGCACCUUGACUAUAGACGGUGUAACCCGGAGUGACCAAGGAUUGUACAUCUGCGCAGCAUCCAGUGGGCUGAUGACCAAGAGGAACAGCACAUUUGUCAGAGUCCAUGAAAAACCUUUUGUUGCCUUUGGUAGUGGCAUGGAAUCUCUGGUGGAAGCCACAGUGGGAGACCGUGUCAGAGUCCCUGUGAAGUGCCUUGGUUACCCACCCCCUGAAAUAAAAUGGUAUAAAAAUGGGAGACCCCUUGAGUCCAAUCACACAAUUAAAGUGGGGCAUGUACUGACAAUUAUGGAAGUGAGUGAAAAAGACACAGGAAAUUACACCAUCAUCCUUACCAAUCCCAUUUCAAAGGAGAAGCAGAGCCAUGUGGUAUCUCUGGUUGUGAAUGUCCCACCUCAGAUUGGUGAGAAAUCUCUGAUCUCUCCCAUGGAUUCCUACCAGUACGGUACCACACAGACGCUGACGUGCACGGUCUACGCCAUGCCUCCCCCACUCCACAUCCACUGGUAUUGGCAGCUAGAGGAAGAGUGCUCCAGCACGCCCAGCCAAGCUGUCUUAAUGACAAAUCCAUAUAUUUGUAAAGAAUGGAGAAAUGUGGAGGACUUCCAGGGGGGAAAUAAAAUCGAAGUCAACAAAAAUCAGUUUGCACUAAUUGAAGGAAAAAACAAAACUGUAAGUACCCUUGUUAUCCAAGCAGCAAAUGUGUCAGCCUUGUACAAAUGUGAAGCGGUCAACAAAGUCGGGAAAGGAGAGAGGGUUAUCUCCUUCCACGUGACCAGAGGUCCUGAAAUUACUUUGCAACCUGGCAUGCAGCCAACUGAGCAGGAGAGCGUGUCUUUGUGGUGCGCUGCAGACCGAGCUACGUUUGAGAAUCUCACGUGGUACAAGCUUGGCCCACGGGCUCUGCCGAUCCAUGCUGGAGAGUUGCCCACGCCUGUUUGCAAGAACUUGGAUGCUUUUUGGAAAUUGAAUGCCACCAUGUUCUCUAAUAGCACAAACGACAUUUUGGUCAUGGAGCUCCAGAAUGCAUCCUUGCAGGAUCAAGGAGACUACGUCUGCUUUGCUCAAGACAAGAAGACCAAGAAAAGACAUUGUGUGGUCAGGCGGCUCACGGUCCUCGAGCGCAUGGCACCCAUGAUCACGGGAAACCUAGAAAAUCAGACAACAAGUAUUGGGGAAACCAUUGAAGUUUCAUGCACAGCAUCUGGGAAUCCCUCUCCACAGAUUACAUGGUUUAAAGAUAAUGAGACACUUGUGGAAGACUCAGGCAUUGUAUUGAAAGAUGGGAACCGGAACCUAACUAUCCGCAGAGUGAGGAAGGAGGACGGAGGCCUCUACACCUGCCAGGCAUGCAGUGUUCUUGGAUGUGCAAAAGUGGAGGCGUUUUUCAUCAUAGAAGGUGCCCAGGAAAAGACAAACUUGGAAGUCAUCAUUCUAGUAGGCACUGCAGUGAUUGCUAUGUUCUUCUGGCUACUUCUUGUCAUUGUCCUGCGGACCGUUAAGCGGGCCAAUGGAGGGGAACUGAAAACAGGCUACUUGUCCAUCGUCAUGGAUCCAGAUGAACUCCCCUUGGACGAGCAUUGUGAACGCCUGCCUUAUGAUGCUAGCAAAUGGGAAUUCCCCAGAGACCGGCUGAAACUAGGUAAGCCUCUUGGCCGUGGUGCCUUUGGCCAAGUUAUUGAAGCAGAUGCCUUUGGAAUUGACAAAGCAGCAACUUGCAAGACAGUGGCCGUCAAAAUGUUGAAAGAAGGAGCAACACACAGUGAACACCGAGCCCUCAUGUCUGAACUCAAGAUCCUCAUUCAUAUUGGCCACCACCUCAAUGUGGUCAACCUUCUAGGUGCCUGUACCAAGCCAGGAGGGCCACUCAUGGUGAUUGUGGAAUUCUGCAAGUUUGGAAACCUAUCAACUUACUUAAGGAGCAAGAGAAAUGAAUUUGUCCCUUACAAGACCAAAGGGGCACGAUUCCGUCAGGGGAAAGACUAUGUUGGGGAAAUCCCUGUGGAUUUGAAACGCCGCUUGGACAGCAUCACCAGUAGCCAGAGCUCCACCAGCUCUGGAUUUGUUGAGGAGAAAUCCCUCAGUGAUGUGGAAGAAGAGGAAGCCUCUGAAGAUCUGUACAAGGAUUUCCUGACUUUGGAGCAUCUCAUCUGUUACAGCUUCCAAGUGGCAAAGGGCAUGGAGUUCUUGGCAUCACGGAAGUGCAUCCACAGGGACCUGGCGGCGCGGAAUAUCCUCUUGUCGGAGAAGAACGUGGUGAAAAUCUGUGACUUUGGCUUGGCCCGUGAUAUUUAUAAAGACCCAGAUUAUGUCAGAAAAGGAGAUGCUCGCCUCCCUUUGAAAUGGAUGGCCCCAGAAACAAUUUUUGACAGAGUGUACACAAUUCAGAGUGAUGUGUGGUCUUUUGGUGUUUUGCUCUGGGAAAUAUUUUCCUUAGGUGCUUCUCCAUAUCCUGGGGUAAAAAUUGAUGAAGAAUUUUGUAGGAGAUUAAAAGAAGGAACUAGAAUGAGGGCCCCUGAUUAUACCACACCAGAAAUGUACCAGACCAUGCUUGACUGCUGGCAUGGGGAGCCCAAUCAGAGACCCACAUUUUCAGAGUUGGUGGAACAUUUGGGAAAUCUCUUACAAGCUAAUGCUCAGCAGGAUGGCAAAGACUGCAUUGUUCUUCCGAUAUCAGAGACUUUGAGCAUGGAAGAGGAUUCUGGACUGUCUCUGCCUACCUCACCUGUUUCCUGUAUGGAAGAAGAGGAAGUGUGUGACCCCAAAUUCCAUUAUGACAACACAGCAGGAAUCAGUCAGUAUCUGCAGAACAGUAAGCGAAAGAGCCGGCCUGUGAGUGUAAAAACAUUUGAAGAUAUCCCACUGGAAGAACCAGAAGUAAAAGUAAUCCCAGAUGACAACCAGACGGACAGUGGUAUGGUUCUUGCUUCAGAAGAGCUGAAAACUUUGGAAGACAGAACCAAGUUAGCUCCACCUUUUAGUGGAAUGAUGCCCUGCAAAAGCAGGGAGUCAGUGGCUUCUGAAGGCUCAAACCAGACGAGUGGCUACCAGUCUGGGUAUCACUCCGAUGACACGGACACCACUGUGUACUCCAGCGAGGAGGCAGAACUUUUAAAGCUGGUGGAGAUUGGAGCACAAGCUGGCAGCAUGGCUCAGGUUCUCCAGCCUGACUCUGGGACCACACUGAGCUCUCCUCCUGUUUAAAAGGAGGUACCCAUGCCCACCAUUCCUGGAAAUCACAUGAGAGGUGCUGCUCAGAUUUUCAAGUGUUGUUCUUUCCACCACCAGGAAGUAGCCACAUUUGAUUUUCAUUUCAAAAAAAGAACCUCGGACUGCAGGGAGCUAGUCCUUUAGGCAUUUCUUGAGAAGAUGCUUGUGACCCAAGAAUGUGUUUGUCUUCUCCCAGUGCUGACCUUAUUCUCUUUCUCAUUCAUUUAAAAAGCAUUUAUAAUGCCCCCAUCAUGGGUCUUACCAUUGGUUAGAAUAACAGCCGUGCAAGAAAUGGCUUCAUGCUCAAAGAAGUAGCAGUAACUGGGGAGUUGACACCUCUGUGAAACUAAGAGAUAAACCAGGCAAUAUAAGUGCUUUAGGUGUUGAAGAUGGGAAAGAUUUGUAGGGCUGACUCCAAGAGGCUUUGUUUAGGAUAUGGGUCCUGAGCCAAGUUUUAAGUGUGGCAUUUGGAUUGAUAGAAAGCAAGGUGUUAGCUUGCUUUGAGAGAGCACUGGAGCCUGCAAGUGCAUUGUGGAGGUGGGCAUGUGGUCUGUUAGGAAAUGUGAAAGCUGCGGAUGAAGUUUCUGGU